AUGAAAUUAACUAAUCAAAAGUUAAAAUAGGCUUAGCAACUACUUAAAUAAUAACAAUAAAAUGAAGCUUUAUUGGAACCAGCCCUGGAAUAUUUCAUCAAUCCAACAUCUUAAAAUAAUUAAUUGAUAGAUUCUCUACUCUAAAUAUCAUUUUUUAAAAACAACUGUCCUGAAGGAACAUAGCUUCACGAUUUUGUAAUGCAAGCAGCAAAAUAUUCAAAAUAUGAGUGCUUCUCUUAUGGAUAGAUUAUAUUCAAUUAUGGAGAAUUUGGAGAUAAGAUAUACAUCAUAUUGAAAGGACAAGCAGGUGUUUACAUUCCUAAAUCACAAGAAGAAAUAAAAGAAGAAAUGCUUUAAUUUAAUUAAAAGAAAAGCAAGAGAAUGAUUUUCAUAGAUGAUGCUUUGUAUGAAAACAGAGAGAAUCCAUUCUACUAUUAAGAUGGCAUCUUUAAAUUCCAAAAAGUAUAUCAUCAUAUAAAUUAUAGGUAUUUUAAUACAUCUCUGGAUAAUGUUUUGGUGAUGUUGCUUUAAUUUCUGAUAAGCCUAGAACAGCUAGUUUGAUAGCUAUAUCUGAAAUUUUACAUUGCAUAUCAAUUAAUCGAGCUUAAUAUAAAUUAAUGUGUGAAAAAGCCAUUUAAGAAUAAAACAAGGCUAUGGCAUUAUAUACUAAAAUUUUACCUGGAAUAUAACCAUUUAGCAUUACAAAAUUUGUCUAAAAUCUAAGACCUAUUAAUUUUGCUUCAUAAUCUAUUCUUUGGCAAAAAGGAGAUGAACCUUAAUAUUUAUUCAUUAUAAUUAGUGGAAGAGUUGAUAUCUAUAUGAAUAUUGAUGAUUAAAAAGCUAUUUAAAAUAAAACAGCUCUAAAUAAUACAUUUACUAUAGUUCUUAAGAAAAUUGUUGUAUGUAUAUAAUUAAUUUCAUUAGCUAAGUUAAAUAACUGAUGGAGGUGUUGUUGGUUAAGAAGAACUUAUUGAAGAAUUACAUUAACGAAAAUACAAUUGUCAAUGUGUUGAUAAUACUGUAGCUUAUUAUAUGGAAGCAGAGGUAUUUAGAAAGAUUCGUAAGAACUUUCCAGAUAUUGUGAAUCUCUUAAAAGAAAUUUAAGAACAAAAUAAUUAAUAUAUCUCAUUAAGAUAAUAAUAAGUUAUGUAGAGUAUAUAAAAUUACUAAUAAUAAAUAAUUAAUACUACAUAAAGUUAAAUUAAUCCAAAAUCAUUUUAUGAAUAUUUAGAUUUAAAGAGAAGACAAUUAGAUUAAAGUAAAGUUUUAAGAAGUGAAAAUAAAAAAUUAUUGACUCUAUCAUAAAGUGUGAAAAGAAACUAAGAAGCAUUCUAAUUAAAAUAUAAAGAUAAGUUGCCAAAAGAUUAUCUUAUUGCAAAUUCUGAAUUACAAUAAAAUAUUUAACAAAAAUAAGAAAGACUUUAUUACAUUAAUAAUAAAAAUUUGUAAUAUAAAAAUUCUAAAAGCAAUUUAGGAUUGAGUCUCUCUAAUGAAAUAAAAAAUUUAAAAUUAAAUUUGUCUAAAUCUUAACUCAAAUUUAAUCAAUCUGAAUAGAAUUUAGAAAAUUUAAUUAAUGUUUAGCAUUAAUAUAAUUAAACUGAUGGAACUUCUCUGUCUCCACAUAGUAGUAAAAAAUUAUUAUAAAUCAAUCAAUCUCAAAUAAGUGACUCUUUAAAGAAAUAACAAAUAUUAUUAAAAAAGAUUUAAACCAGUUUAAGAACAAAUAAUAAUAAUUCUUAAUCAAUUCGCCAUUUGAAAAGUCUUCAUUCUGACAGUAACUUAAAAAAAGGAAUUAAAACUGAACAAAGCUUUCUUAAUGAAUAAUAACCAUAAUAAUUUUUUAUUACAUCUUGUAGAAACAAAUAUGAAAAAUCUCCUCAAUCAUUUCCAAAAUUAUUAUAGAUAGAAAAUGACAACAAUUGA